AUGCCACCAGCAAGGAGAGAGCCGCGAUACACGGUGCAGGAUGUUAUUGACCUGGUCCAAAAUGGAGAGAGUGAGGUUGAGAUUGAAAUCAGUGACACAGAUGAGAGUGAUGAAGACUCCAAUGAAGAUGUCUGUAAAGAAGUGGACAAAGAAAACCAACCACCCAUGGUCUGUCCAGCUGAUAAUUACGUGGACAUCGAGCCAAAAACAAGGAAACACACCAUGCCCCGUGACAGGUAUCGCUGGCUGAAAAAAGAUUUCAUCAGUCCCAACACAGAUUUUUCUGGUCUGGAUAUCACAGCAGAUGACAUUUCCCUCCACACACCAUUGGAAUACUUCCAGAAGUUUGUGUCCGAAGACAUGAUUGAGGCUCUGACACAAAACACGAAUGAGUACAGCUUUCAGGUGCAUGGAACAUCUGUAAACACCACUGCAAAGGAAAUUGAAAAAAUGCUUGGCAUGUACCUGAAGAUGGGCCUGGUACAAAUGGCUGGAACCCGUAUGUAUUGGGAGACAGAGACGCGGUACUCCCCUGUUGCUGAUGUGAUGCCACGCAACAGAUUCCGAUCCCUGUUGACGUCAUUACAUUUUGUAAACAACAUGACAGUAUCUGAGACGGAAAAGAAAGACAAACUAUGGAAACUCAGACUGUGGCUUGAUUCAUUCAGAGAGAAAUGCCUGCAGGUGGUACCAGAAGAGCACAACUCUGUGGAUGAGAUGAUGAUUCCUUUCAAGGGGAAAUUCAGCAGCAUCAAGCAAUAUAUGCGAGGCAAGCCAAACCCAUGGGGAUUCAAAGUGUGGGUGAGAACUGGAAUCUCUGGCAUGAUGUGUGACUUCGAUGUCUACCAAGGUAGUGUCAACGGAAUACGAGCCAAAUCUGAACUUGGAUUGUCAGUGAAGCUCCUUGAUCGGGGAAUUCAUUACGUGGGAACAGCCAGACAGGUGCGCCUACCCAACUGUAACCUUGAAGACGAGAAGAGCUUGAAGAAAAAGGGGAGAGGAAGCUAUGACGUCAGAGUGGAGGGGAAUCACAAGAUCUGUGCUGUCAAAUGGUAUGACAGCAGGGCCGUCACACUUGUGUCAUCCUUUGCUGGACCUGAACCUGUGCAGAAGAUUCAACGCUGGGACAAAGCCAACAAAACCUUCAUUGAAGUUGAGAGGCCUUACAUUGUUGGUGCCUACAACAAGUACAUGGGAGGUGUGGAUUUGUUGGACUCAUUUACAGCCAAAUAUAAGUUCCCCAUCAAAUCCCGUCGCUGGUACAUGUACAUCUUCUGGCACACCAUCAUCCUCGCUGUGAUCAAUGCCUGGCUGCUCUACAAGCGGGACUGUAAAGCGCUCAAGGUGUCUAGCAAAGAGACAAUGAACAGGAGACAGUUUCAGGCACAGCUAGCAUCCUCUCUUAUCCUGACUGUCCCUGGCUUCGCUGCGUUCCAGUGGGACAACCGACCCAACCCCAGUAGCUGA